AGAGUGAAAAAAUUGACUCCGUGGAAUGUUUGGCUCGUUAUCAGAGCCAAUUUUCUCGCAAAAAUUAGUCACAAAAAGGCAAAGACAAGAAAAUUGUGUGCAGCUUAUCACUAUCGAUUCGGGUGUCUUUGUUUGAUAACGAAUGCUUUUGAUAUCCAAAUGUGUGGCGUGAAUGAAAUUUGUGGUUGAAAGAGUCCCGUUAUGUUUUGAUCCCGUCGGUUGUUCCGGAUCGCGCAAUGUUCAAAAUCGAAUCGUACAUUACGCCGAUAAUUUUGACUUACCUGGAGAAGUAUGUCAAAAACAUCCGGCCGGAAGAUUCGCAGGUGUCGCUGUGGGGCGGCGAGGUUGUCUUCCAAAAUCUGGACCUGAAGCUGGACGUGCUGGAGGAGGAGCUUUCGUUGCCGUUCCAGUUUCUGUCCGGUCACAUCCACGAGCUGGCCAUCCGGGUGCCGUGGACCAAGAUCGCGUCGGAGCCGAUUGUCAUCACGAUUAACACUAUUGAAUUUGUCCUAAAACUGCAAGAACCGGGCAGUCGGGCUGCCCCUCGCAGGGAUGCCUCGCGGAAGAGCAAAAAUACGGACGAGGCGCCCCCUCCCGGUUACAUGGCCUCGCUAAUUAACCGGAUCGCCAACAACAUCACGAUCCGGUGCCACAACGUUAUCCUCAAGUAUGUGGAAGAAGAUAUCGUCGUUUCGAUGAACAUACAGCAGCUGUCGAUGGAGUCGACGGAUGCCGGCUGGAAUCCGGCGUUUAUCGACAUUUCGCCGACGCGGGUUUCGCUGAGGAAGCUGAUAAACAUUGUCGACCUGACGAUAUGCUUGGACAAGCGGAAUUCGGCGGGGAAGAUUGAGGUUUGCCAGGAACCGGUCCUGUAUCGAAGUACGCUGCAGGCACGUGUAUUGAUGAGAUAUAGCAACGCUCCGGCAUCGCAUGACCGCUCGUCGAUUACCCGAAUCGAUGUUCACAGCAACUUCUUGGACGUGAACGUCUCGUCGCAGCAGUUUCCCAUGUUGAUGCGGCUGUACGAGCUUGGAAUGGCGCUGAAGCAGGGUAAGAUCAAGAGCGAAACUUCGCUGGGUGCGGAAGGCAGUGGGGAAGGAGAAGGUGAGGCCAACCAAGAAUCGCUGCUGUCGUGGGCUUGGAAUCUGCUGCCGUCGUUCUUUCCGGAAGAGAGCGAGUCGGACAGCACGGACGACCAUGAGUUUCACGUGUUUCACGCCGGUUGCUACAUCGAUAGGCUGCGGAUAAUCUUCAAGACGCAGGAGCUGGUCGGGGACAGUGUGGUGGGAACGGCCCGGAAGAUCAAGUACAACCCGUUUUUGCAGCUGGAUUUGAACGGAGUGCAUGGAGAGGUGGUCAUUUGCGGCUUGAAAUGGUUCAAUUUUAGCGGAGGUAUCGCCAAGGUCGGGCUGCAGUCGCUGGAAGAUUGUCCCUGCGGACAUCCGAUGGGUAUCAAGGAGAUAUUUACUAGUGAGGCAACUGUUUCGGAGGAGAAUUCGCAUGUUAGAGGGUCCUUUUUUGACGAGAAAACAGGUGAAAGUCGGAAGUACAACGUCAACUGGAAUUACCACCUUGGGACGUACACCCAGCAGGUUCUGCUGGCAAGAUCUCCGGCGAUCGCGAUGGACAUUGUCCACGAAGUGCAAAUUCCGGACGACCGUCGAACAUCCGAGUUUGGGAGCGAUCUUGAGUUCAGCAAUCUGUCCGAGAAGUACAUGAUUCGCGGAUUCUUUGGCAAAUUCCGGUUAAAAAUCGGUGCGGAUACUCUUCACCGCGUGAAAAAGUUGAUCUCUUACAAGGAUGCCUACGAAUACCAGCCGUACUACGAGGAGAAACCGACGCCAAAUUUGUCCCAACUUCCACCGCCAUCGGCGGAAGACUAUGACGCUCUGAUGAGCGAAAUCCCGCUCAAACAGAUCCACAUAACUGUCGUGACACCAACGUUGGAACUUCACCCAAUCGAUCACGGCCGGUUCCAGCUCGGUCGCAAGCGAAGUUCUUCCAAAAACCCCACAACAACCGUUCUUGGACCCUUGCUGGAGGUAGACUUCAACCGAAUCGAGUGCAAUAUCUUAACUCCGCUCUACGAGAACCGCCUCGUCUUCACAACCUGCCAACUGCCAGAACCUCCGUCCAAACUUUUCGACAGCUGCUUCCACUCGAUCUCAGGAAAUCUGGAACGCGCACAAGUUAAACUGCGCUACGCGGACUCCAACCACCUAAUCGCCACGGCCAUCAACUUGAAUCACCAGCAUCGCUACUUGAUCUUCCCGGAACUUUGGCCCAACGCGGAACUCAACAAAAGCGAACACAACUUUGGCGCUUCCGACGUGAAACUAUUCCUAAAUCCCCAGCAAACCAUCGUGUCAUCCUCGAUCCUCUCCUCCCUUCUCAACAAGACUCCAUCCUUCAACCCAUCCCAAGAACUGCUCUCAAACCUCAACCCACCAUCGACUCCGAUCCUCGAUCUGACCAUCUCCCACGUCCACGCGCGUCAAGUACUCUCCGAGCGCACUUCCUGCCUCAAGCUGACCUCCCGCAGCCAUCGCUGUCUAACGUACACACCUACAACGGCCUCCUCCCAACGCUCCCUAACCGCCCUCUGGCCAGACCAUCCCACCGACGAAGACUUCCUCACCGUAAUCGUGCAACUCCCGAUCGAUCGCACCCUCACCGCCCUCGAGCACCCUCCACUCUUCUACGGUCGCUUCCUCGACCUCUCCCUCAACGUCGACCCAACGCUGCACGAAUUCUUGCGCAUCUUCACCGAGCUUCAACAGGCCCGCUCGGAAGAUCCCCUCUCCCGCGCCCACCGGCACUCGCUCUCACCGCGUAAAUCCGCCGAUCGUCUGUUGCCCAAAAAGAUUGCCACCACCACUUCCCAGCCGAUCACGUCCGUACACUCCAGCUCGGACCAGGUGGACCCGCCGAUGGGACCGGUUGCGGUCGAUGGAGCAGCUCUGCCCGCGAUCGCGUCCACCGUGGCCGAGGAGGAAGGGGAAGGGAGGCUGGAAAUUGGUGCCGCGACGACGAGCUCGCCCGAUCAGGACUUUUGGAAGCAGCUCUCCAGGAGGAUCAUCUUUCAUCUGGAGUUUUCACACUGUACGGUGUACUUUCCGGAGAAGAGCAUCGUGCAGGAGAGCGGUGGCGCGUCUGGAUUGCAGGAGGAAGAGUUUGGAGACAAUGAGAUCGUGAUGUUGAAACUCCCACUGAUCACCGUCAACUCCGCGUUCAAGUCCAGCAGCCUGUCGGCGUCGAUCAACCGCUUUCCGAUCAGCCUCGCCAAAUCGGUAUGGCCCGAAGAUCGCGAAAGUUUCCCAUGGACCGUAUCUCUGGCGAACGCCUCCAGCUGGACGUACCAGAACCGUACGAUGGACAAACUGCUCGAAGAAACGACCACCAACAUCUCGCUGGUGCUAAACUUCAAGGAAGACGGUACGGCUACGUCGGCCUGCUUCCACGUGGACACCUCGCCACUGAAGGUGAACGUGUUCAAGGAGCAGCUGGUGCUGGUCGGUGCAACGCUGAACCGGAUUCUCUCGCUGCCAAUGUUUCAGCAAAGUCAGGAUGGUGGAGUCGGAGGGAAGAAGGAUCAACCGCAGGUGCUGGAGAUAUCGCAAGCUGGUGGUGCUACGACGGCUGCAGAUUUGAAGGAGUUUCUGGACUUGACGCACAAUUCCAGUGGAGCGUCGGAGGAAACGCUAAAGGAGGUAGGGAAGGUAGACACAACUCCAUUGUCCAUCUGGUUGCAGUGGACGUUCUCCAAGGUGACGGUCAAUUGUGUUGUAAAUGAAGAUUCUGGAGAGUCGAAGAUUAAGCUAGUGUUCGAGAUGGAAGACAUCAUCUACAGUUUGGACAUGCAGGACGUGUAUCUGCAGAUCAAGGCAAAGAUCGGCGGAAUGAACGGGCAGUGUUACGAGUUUGACGGGACGAAAGGAUCGUGGGUUAAAAACGAAGCGCUGGGUUUGACGGUGCAAACUGAAUCGGGUGGGUCCAGCAAGUCCGCCAACGAUACAUUCCUGAAUCUGACAAUAACAAAAGCCGAGACUAAAAACGUUCACACCAAGUGGGAUACUGUCCGCAAGAGUCGGGAACAGAACGAUACCUUGAUCGAGGUGAUCGCCAAAAUGGAGCAGAUUGAUUUACGGUUGGAUUUGGAACUCCUGGAACAGUGCAUUGACGUUCUGACUAUUUUCCAACGCAAGGAAAAGGCACCCACAGGUGUUCUAGGGGUAAAAGAUCUCCCAUUGAUCUUGUUCUCUAGCAAAGGACUGCGGCUGUUCAUCCCGCUUCGGGAUUGUCCGACGCAAUGUAACGCGUACAUUUUCAAGAUCAAUUCCAUUACUAUGCAUCACAACGUCGAGAAUCCAAUCUGCCGAGUUCCGUUGCGACCAGAUAUCUACACCAAAGCCGCCCAGAUGAGAAUCCUUAACGUUCCUGGAUCCAAAAUCGAAGACCGACAGUACGAACUGCUACUGAAAGACAUCUCACUGAGUACCGCCAGCUGGUCCGACAUCUUGGGCUACAUUCAAGAGCAAACCUCCUCAACAACCCACCACGAUAACCCAGCUUUCGAGUGGAACAAUCUCCAAGACGUCCAGCGAUCGUCCGACUUCGAAGUCAGCACCAUCUUCAAGGAGUUUCACUUUUCCGUCAUCUGCGCACCCUGCCUCAUCUACAAGAACGUCCUCAUCUGCAGCCAGGCGAUGGAACUCAACUGCAUGUCCGAUCUACUCAUCAACCUCGACAUCGAUCAACUCCGCCUCGCCGGCAACAUCUCCCAAAAACUAUCCUCGAUCGCGCAUCUCGUUUCACCUCCUCCAGCAAGCGCUUCUUCGUCGCGCAGCAGCGUCGUCGAGUUCAACCCGACUCUGUUCACCAGCCAGGACACGAUCAGCAUCGACUCGAUCAAGUCCGAACAGCUACCACCGGCUCGAACCUUCCGCCGCAGUCACUCCAAGCUGUCAAAGUUCGAGGAAGAUUCCGGCGUCGAGUCGUUCCGGGCAUCCGAGGAGAAGAAGGCUUCCUCCAGCAGUCGGCGUAGCGUAACUUCGCGCCAGCGAAAGAUUUCCAGCAGGUCGUCCGAGCAGAUUAAGACAGCGGCAACGGGGACUACGGUUGAGCCGCAGACAGUUCCAUACGAGGUGUGCUUCCUGGGAGGUUACUUCAAGGUGAAUUUGUACGAAAAGAAGGUCAAAGAGACCGAAGAACCGAAAAUGCUGUUCCGUAUGGUUAUGGCUCAACCGAACGGAUUGGUUUCGUUGAACUUGCUGGAGCAUGUCAUGCAAGUUUCGCUGUUUGAUCUGGUUAUCGACCUGGGAGAUUUUUCCUUGUUGAAGACCCUUUCUGGAGAACCUGACGACCUGGGAAUUCCACAGCCAAUCAUCAAAACGCGGUUUGUGAACAGUUUUACCAAGAAAAACAAGGAACUGAACGUGGACUUCCGGAGACCGAUCAAGAUGACAAUAUCUCACCAGAAACUGCAGAUCCUGCAAAAUCUUCUGGACGUUCUGGACGGGGCUGUCGGAGGGGGUCAGAAAAAGUCUACCGUAAAGCAGGCGAGGAAAUUACCCAAACCAAUAUUGAGUCGAAACAAGUUCAAGAUGAUCAAGUCAAACAUGUACGACAUCGAGAAGGUCAGUCUGCGUUUGUCCCAAGCUAUGAUCCAUUUGCACGACGAAGAUCGUCAAGCCUACAACUGUAAGCUGUCACUGUCGUCGAUCCAAUCAUCCCUGCGUGUCCAAGAACGCCCCGAACGCAUGUCUUUUACGCUGGACCUCGAAGAACUGAUCUUCUGCCAGGGAUUGUUCACGAUCAUGCACCCGUUCUCGUUCAAUUUGCAAGCUACUCUAACGCAAGAGUACUGGAAACGGGAUCCCCUCAUUCAGACCAAGCUCAAAUCGAGCUACCUCCAGCUGGACUUUAACCCGAACAACCUAACCGAGAUCCAGCGAAUGACCGACCUGUUCAACCAAGUACUCAACUCCAAAUCAUCCUCGGAACAAGACAUCGCCCGUACUACCGACAUCAGCAGUGCCAACAUAACUCCAAGUCGCGACAACCUCAUCCCAAUAGCGGCACCUAGCUUCAGCAAGGCUUCCAAAACGCAGGAAGAGCACUACCAGGAUGACCUGCGGGCCGGGGCGUUCCAGUUCAUCGAGUCGACGCGAGCGAACGAACUCCCGCUGCCGUACCAGAUCAAGAUCAUCAACCGGGACGUGGGCAUCAUCUGCUGGAGGUACCCGCAACCGAGGUCCCUACACAACGUUACCGUCUUCCCGGUGCCGAUGAAUACCUCCAAGUCGUUGAAUAUCCAGUGCAAGUUGGAGUACUUUGCCGAAAUCUACGGCGACUUCUUCGAGCUGUGCGAGUUUACACUGUCGGAAAAUGAGAAAAUCGACCUUCGGCUACCGUCCAGUAAGAUCGCAUCCCCGAUUUGGCGCAUCGUGAUGACCCAGAACGUGAUCUACGAGGGUAACGAGCAGGAAGAGUCCACCGCAAACGACGAAAACGACCCACAAGAGUCGAGCAAAUCGUUGAUUUCGAACAUAACCGACGCCCUGAAGGAUACCUACCUGUCGACGGGUCGCAUCGUGAGUCUACCCUACCGACUGCAUCCGAAGAUCUUCGUGGCUUGCAUGCGCGUUGACUCGAUUUUCAAUCCAAACAUGAUCCCUAACGUGGAGCUCACCGUUGAGCUGCGUCCAGUGCAGGUCAAUCUGUUCAACGUGAUCGAACGACCGGAGGUCGUAACGCUUCCGAAACCGUUUGAGCGGUACAGGUUUUGCAAGGAAUCGUCGGAAUCGAGGAGUCACAAGUUCUUGAUGCUGAAUGCGCAGUACUUCCGGGUACACGCGACAAUCUACGACAACUUUGACUUUCUGCUGAGCGGUGAGAUGAACCUGCAGUGUGACCUGCUUGACUAUAGUCAUUUUACGUUUGAGAAUGCGCUGGAAGUGGUCAACCUGAAGGCGAUUGUAUCUUCGGAGGAAGAUUCGCUCGAGUUCAAGGCGAUCUCCGACGAUAUCUUGGUGCGGUAUGGGCCAUCGAUCGGGUACAACCUGCUCGUUGCGGAGAAGAUAUGGAACUGUACGCAGCCGGAGAAUACGCUACUGUAUGGGAAGUACAUCGUUUGCAACCACACCCACGUGGGUAUUCGAAUUGGUCAGUUUGGUACCGGCGAAGGGAUCUUCCUGGGAACGGAAGAGCUCUGUCAGUACGUGUUCCGAAGCUUCCGACAUCCGCAAAAGCUGCAGAUUGUGUUCAACGAAAACUACAAGGAAAUCAGCACGGAACCGUUUGAGGUGACGAAAGAAGGCUUGUUCUACGUUCGGAUUUUGCCGGUCCACGAAGAAGACGUUGACGACGACAAGCUGUUUGUGGUGCGAGUUGAAAAUCUGAGCAGCGCUCAGAAGCGCGUUACGAUCGAGGGUCAGAUCAGCUUCUUCAACAUGACCAGCCAACGGUUGAAGGUUCAGUACCGGUUCUACAAGGUCGUCCCAAACAGUGACAAGCACUACGUAUCGACGAGCUUCCUGCUCGAGGAGGGUUCCGACGGGAACGUGUUCGGGGCGGCCAACAACAAGAACCAGCAGAGCAUCAAGCUGGCGAUCGACGGCGAACGGAAGGGCUGGUCCGGGGACAUUCCCAUGCGGGAGAUUAUGAACGGAUCGAAGCCGUACUUGGUGAAAAUUCCUACGGGGAUGACGACGGAGGGAUACAUCAGCUAUUGGGUGCGAAUCAUUCGGGAACGGAUUGGGGAUCACGCCGAGCUGAAGGAGUCGUUCAACGAGCGGGUGCUGGUCGUCGUUUGGCCGCUAUUUAUGGUACAGUCCAUGCUGACGGUGAACACGACGGCUCACGAAGAGAAAAUCGACCAGAACUUUUCGAUCUACGGACAAGGUGAACGGCGCCAGCUGCUCGUAUCCGGGACAAACUCCGACGAGCACGAGUUGCAGUUCCGAAUGGACUUCAACUCCCCGCACGGCGAAGACAAACGCAAGGCGCUGCUCUCGUACCGCCUGAUCGACGGGCGGACCUUCUUUCAGGUGCCCGAUCGCUUCAAGACGGUUGAAGCGGCCAUCAAAAUGCUACGCAAGUCUCAUUCCGUUAAGUGGCCCUGCUCGCGCGAGGAAGAACUUCGCUGGCGGCGGGAAAACUCGAUCCAGGAAGCGACGUUCCCGCUGUACAACUGUUCCGCGGCGCAUGAACUGUCCUGCUGUCUGAUGCUCAGUAUCGCCCCCUGGGCACUGUUCAUCAACCAGCUGGGCUGUCCGGUACGCGUUCGGAACUGCGACUCGUACGAGGUGAACUUGAUUGAGCCGAACAACAUUGUGAUGCCGCACUACAUCGAGAGCAGCUUCACGCUGGAGCUGGACGUUGGGUUCGCGCUGCAGUCAGAAGUGAUCUACUUGGACGGAGAUGCGGUCAAGAAGCAUGCUCCUAACAGUCACGUACUGCCGGCGGAAGGUUCGGUUGAGAUAUGCUUACGAUCGGAAAGUGGGGUCAGCAACGUCAUCCUGUCGUCCACCACGGAGAACAACAUCCGAGUCAUCACCGUAGCGGCGCAGUUUGUCGUGACCAACUAUUCCAGCUACGAGCUGUACGGGUGGUGCUUUGCCGUGCUCGACAACGAACAGCUCGAUCAGAUUCGGCAGGACGAGCGUAGCCAACAUACCGCGUGCAUUGGACUUCCGCGGAAUGACCGGAAGUGUGAUAAUCCCCAAGGUUCGGCGGUAACCGUCCUGAGCAACCUGUCCCAGCACAAGAACCGUCUCAAACCCAACAGUUCGUACCAGUGCUACCUAGCUCUGUAUCAGCAUGGAACCGACACCGAAUUCUCGCUUCCAAUCCACCUGAACGCUCCCGUUUCCCGGCGCAGCUUCUGCGUGCAACAUCUCACCCCCACCCACGAAGAUCGCUACAUUCCGCUAGCCCUGUCGACCGUCACCCACCACGGUCAGCACUAUGUCUCGAUCUAUGACGACCCGUGCCCGUCGUACGCGAUCGAAAACCGAACCGACUUCAACAUCUACGUGGCCCAGGCGGACUCCACCAACGCGAGCAAACCGGCCGAAGCCGUCCCGGAGUGUCCGGCCGAGGCGAACUUUGUGUGGUACCAGAUCGUACGAUCGCGCCAGACAGUGUUCUACACGCCGCCAGAACUGGAUGCCGUGUUCCCGGAGGCGCAGACCGUGGAGGUUGCGCUGAUCUUUGCCUGUGUAAGCGGAAGUGCGAUUCGGUGGUCGCAUCCGGUGCGGAUCGAUGAGAACAAGAAUAUCUUCCUGAACAUUCCACUGUACGGGGAUCUGAAGCUGGCCGUUAACGUGCGCAAUCGGACCACGGAGAUUGUGAUCGAUUACAUCAGUCAGGACCUGGAAUUCUCCGCGAAAGACAUUCGCACGCGCCUGUCGAACCCGAUCCCGGCACCGACCAUCGUCGAUUCCAGUUCUAGCAGCGCAGGUGGCGCCCACCAACCCAAAACGCAGCAGCAACAAACCUCCAGCAUUCCAGCGUCUUCCAACUCGCACACUCCGAGCCCACCCACCAAGCGCGUAUCGUUCCGUGGUUACUUUAAAUCGCUGAAUUUGACUCUGUUCAGCGAUCAACCAGCUCGAUGCUGCUCGAAGACGGACCUGAUUUCGUUCAGCUUUGAUCGGUUAGGGGUUGAGGCGAACUCCGGUGGGGAUAGUAAGAGGGCGUUGGUGCAGUUUGUCAACGUGCAGGUUGAUAACGAGUUGCACUGUAACGGGGAGUACGACUUUCCGGUGAUUUUGUGCAGUGAAGAUCAUGAAGCUAAGCAGCGCAAGCCGGUUGUGGUGCCGAGCCAAUUUCGGUUGAACGAGGCGUUGGAGCAGCUGGCGUUGGACGCGUUGUGUUCGAUUUAUGUGGAAAUGGACGCGAGUAACUGGACGGCGGUUGAGGGGUUGAGGUUCAAGGUCAAUCCGAUCCGGGCGUACGUCGAGGACACUUAUAUCAAUAUCUUGCUGGAUUAUAUGAUGGAAUGCUUGCCGAUGAACUUGUUGUAUCAGCCAGAGGUCGCCGUGGAGCGAAUCAAGUGUCCGGCAGGGCAGGUUUUGGUGCCGAAGCUGGUGAUCCAGCAGUCUACUUACUUGGCGGAUCCGAUCAAGUUCCGGUACAUAAGGAUAGAACCUCUACACGUGCUGCUUUCCGUGCACACGUGCAUGAGGUUGUACAUCGCGCUCGACCAUAGUCCGCUGGACUUUUCCGCUUACGAAAGAACCAGCAUUCGGUCGCUGCCGAUCCGGUUUGGGAACUCGCUUGGAAUGCAUUACCUGUCGGGGGCGAUCUUUGGCGGAGGAUGGGUGAUCGGUUCGCUCGAGAUUCUCGGUAGUCCCAGCGGGUUGGCCCGCUCGGUUACCAGUGGACUGCGCGAUUUCGUAUCGCUUCCGGUGCAGGGGUUGUUCCGUGGACCUUGGGGAUUCCUGGUUGGUUUUACGCAAGGAUCGACCUCGCUGGUGCGGAACAUUACCGCAGGUACGGUGAAUUCGGUCACGAAAUUGGCGACGUCGGUGGCGAGAAACCUCGAUCGGUUGACCCUGGACUCGGAGCACGUGCAGAGGACGGACGCUCUCCGCCGUCGAAGACCUCAGGGUAUGACGGAUGGGUUCACUCAGGGUCUCACCGGGUUGGGAAUCAGCAUUCUUGGAGCAGUUGGUGGCUUAGCACAUCAUCCUCUUCAGGCCAGAAGUCCGAUCGAUGUGGUGACCGGAGUUGGUAAGGGAAUUGUCGGUGCGUUUACGAAACCAAUCAGUGGAGCUGCGGAACUGGUCGCCCUAACCGGGCAAGGAAUGCUACACAGUGUCGGGUACAACACGAUGCCAACUCCAAAGUACAGCCAACAACCGCUGCAACGGCUCGAACCCAUCCCGUACAAAACUCUCUGGGAACCUCAAGCCCUGUACGAUGGACCUCUGCUGUUCACCAUCCACGCGACUUACUCUAGCCGGAAUCAGUACAAGCUGGUUGUAGUUGGAGUCUACCAAAAGACGCUCGUCCUUCUAGACGUUGAUCAAAGCAUUCUGCUGGAGGUGAUUGACCUCAAGACCGUCUACCCCAGUGUAGACGCGUCCGAUCCAACCCAAGUUCUACUUCGAGUCCGACCGGAGCUACCUCCACCGCCAACGGAUUACGAUUCCUACCCCAUCUCCAGUCGAACGUACCAGUUCGUGCAGGAAUCGACGCUGCAACUGCCAAAGCUUAACUCCUUCACGUUGCCACCCCCGUCGACCUCCGUCAGGCCUCAGCAGGUUAAAGCCGUCCAACCACCCAAAAGAACUGUCGCUGACUCAUCGGGCUCGUUGAUUGCCGUCACGCAACAGGAUCCCGACAAUACGGUCGUCGAGAUAGAGCAAGAUACUCUCGAAGACGACGACGACGACAACGGCCGGCUACUUCUGGAAGAGGUGGACGUGCCGAUUAUCGAGGAAGAGCACGACACCGACACAGUCGACAACGAACGCCGGCUGGUGCUGUACGUCGACGAGAAUCUGGCCCGCUACCUGGUGCGGUACGUGAACCUGCUCAAAAAGUGCCAACAGCCGGCCGGAACGAUCGUGUUUGCACCGUUCGAUGCGAGGUAAGGGAGAGGAAAUUUUAGUCAGUGUUUUCUUUUGUUUUAAACAAAAAUGUAUUAUUUUAUUUUAUAUACCACUCCAUGGGAAUGCAAUAAGGUAUAGCAUUAAAUUAUAAACAAAAACGUUAUU